AUGGAUAGAGCUGCGGAGGAAGUGGGUGAAGCACGGAAGCGUCAAGCCGCCAAGAUGCACGUCCCUUCGUUGCAAACAAAAAUCUGUAAUCGCAAAGAAGAUUACGAUUCAGUGGGGCUUCGCUUUCUGGAAGAUAUAAAGGUGGAGAUCGGAAAGUGGUCCACUAACAAAAAAGGGGAAAAAUAUAAAAAGAAAAAGGUAUGGAGUGGAUCCACGCGCCUUAGGGAUGAUCCUAGAUCGUUGUUUGAUUAA